AACGGUCGCAAAAUACAAACUGAUCGGUAACCAUUUGUAAAAAUUUUGGGCGUCUGGGUUGGAGACGCAGAGGCGUCGGAUAUAGUUUCUGUGCACUGUGGACCCCUACUGAUUCGCUUCUAUUGAUUCCGUCGUGUGCAUCAUUCUGCCGCCGUAGCUGUAUAUUUCUUCAUACAGUGAUUUAUAUAAUAAUAAAAUCGUCGUUUGAUAUUGUGUUUUGUCAAGAUAAAUUAAAAAGAAAGUGAAAAGGAUAUAAAAUGACUCCGGAGGGCUAUACUCGUGUCUACGUUGGUGGACUCAAUGAGAGCAUCAAAAAAGAAGAUCUACAAAUGGAGUUUGAAAAAUAUGGCAAGCUUAACAAGGUUUGGGUGGCCUUCAAUCCUCCAGGCUUUGCCUUCAUCGAAUUUCUGAAUAUGAAUGAAGCAGAAUUGGCAUGCAAUAGUAUGAAUGGCACAGAAAUAAUGGGUGUCAAGUUAAAAGUGGAAAUUUCACGUGGUAGAGGUCGUGGCGGAGGUAGGGGUGGAAUAGGAUUCAGAGGUGUUCGUGGUACUACUGGUAGGGAUUUCGGUUCUCGGGGUGGUGCUAGUAUGGGUUACAGAGGAGGCAGUACAUAUGGAGAUUAUGGGGGCAGCUAUUAUGCAGGCAGGGGUGGUGGAAGUAGAGGUAGAGGACGCUAUGGAGAAGAUUAUAUGUCCAAUCGUACCGGUGGGUAUGUUACUCGAGACGGAUAUAUGCAAGAUGCCUAUGGUGCUACUAGCGGAGACACUGGCAUGGAAUACUACACUGGCAAGGAUACCGGCACAUCGAGGUACCGAAGCCGCUCUCCGGCUGGCCGUGGCAGUCAUCGUCAUCUACGUGAAUGCACAUAAAAGAACUACGCUGCGUUGCCAAUCUGAACUGCGGGCCAAUCACCCACCCGCCUCGACGACUACAUUUCUAUCCAAUCUACGCAGCGACGUGUAUAUAAACAAGAACGACCAUUGCAGUUUAUGCUGCAGCAUAUAUUUGCAUUAUAUGAUCUGAUGUGACAGAUUGUGGUCGUUGCCACUUUUCUUAAUUAACAGUUCAUAAGAUUCUGUAAAAGUUCUAUGCUCGAUAUGAAAUGGGGAGAAAGAUAAGACUCUAUCUAUCGGCAUUUAGAGCCUUAACUCAUAAGAGUUAUAAUUAUUUGUGAAUUCCAAUUUAUUUCUUGGCAAAAUAUGCCCAAUUUCUUUAUAUUUUAUAAGGUAUAUUUUUUACAUACACCAUGGGUCAUAGAUUAAAUUUGUUUAAUAGUUACAUCCAUGGUACUUAUGCAAGUUUAGAAACGUAUUUGCAUUUUUUCUACUUGCCUGAAGGUAGUGAAGAAUGGAGAUAAAUUAAGCUUGAUAUAGUAACCAUGAAUUUUGUAUAAUUAGAUACCGCGUCUCUGCGUGAAUACAGUCUUUCCAAACUCUCGUUUUCCAGUAUAUUGAUGAUACUUCUGAGUACAGUCUUCAUAUAUCUAGUUAAAACCUUGCUUAUGAUCGUGCGUGUAGAAACGUUUUUAUAUAGGUCCAAAAGGGAAAAAAAACUAUGCGCAAUACAACCAAAUGCAAACUGCUGCUCGUAUAUGGCCUAUCGUGCUAGUGCACAAAGAAACAGUCCUGGCCCCAAAAAAUUUUGAUACACAGAUAAUGUGUGCAAUCAAAACUAUGAGAUUGUGAGACAUUGUCGCAGGCUAUACUCUGUGCUUAUUUCUAGCAAUAUAUGCGCAUAAACAGUCCUGCAUUUGGAAGCAUCUAUGAGCGUCUCCUUCUAUUUUUUUGGACUCUAAAAGAUAAAAUGAUAAAAUUACGGUAAUGUUUUACCUCGACUGUACAUGACUUGGAAUUGGAAACGUAUUAAAUGAUUUGCGCUCACUACUGCCCGCCACCCUGCCUGCCUGUCUGCCUGCCUGCCUGAUUACUCUCUCAGUGUCUAUAUCCAAUGAAAAUCUUCUUUCGUUGUUUUUCCUUUAGUUCCUUUCUAAGGAAAAUUUCAAAAUGAAAUCUGAAUUUUUGUCAAAUUCAGAUAUCGCAAGUGCCUUUGACUUAUAAAUAUGAGUAUAAAGCUAUCUCAAAGUUUGGUCAGUUACAUGACCCUCGUACUCUCUCUCUUUCUCUCUCUCUCUUUCUCUCUCUCUCUCUCUCUCUCUCUCUCUCUAUUUCUCUCUCUCUCUCUCUCUCUAUAUAUAUAUAUAUAUAUAUAUUCUGAUUACAAGUUACAAAAUAAUCCAUUUUAAAAUUCGAUGCUAUCAGUAUAGGUAUUGUUGAAAUUGAAUGAAAUCAAAAAUUUCGAGAAUAUUUAAUAUAUCAAAGAUUCGAGUUAUGUUAUAAUAACUUCCUUUAAGCAAAACCUAAACAAUAUUUUUUUUUAUCCAUAGCAGCGAACAUUACAUAAAAAUGCUUAAUCUUUUAUUUUAUUUCUCAUGAAUUAUUUUUCCGUUAUUCUAAAUACAAAAUAUGUAAUACAAAAAGCCAGUAAGUAUUUUAGAUGAAAAAAUUAUUUAUAUCUUAUUUUUACAAGAACAUAAUGUUAUUAGUUUUUAACAAAUUGACAUACUCUUUAUAUAUAUAUAUGCUCUUUAUUUGAUUUCACUUUGUUUAUAUUUAAAUUGUAGGAGGCAGCUUGCGUAUUGGUAGUUAUAUGUGUGUAGAUUUAUUUAUGAAUAUGUAUAAAAUUGAGAUUGCACGCACACGUAAUAAACACAGAUAUAUAUAGGUUUAAUUAAUUAAAACGAAAUAAUUUGAUAUUUAAAAUAUAACUCAUAUAAGAAUAUAUUCUUGAUGAAAAUUGGAAAUUAUCUAUAGUAAUAUGUUAUGCAAUUUUUAACUUGCUGUAUAUUUUUUUCACUGAAAAACAUUUUAUAUGAAAAAUACUAUUCUUGGAAA